UUUUCUCUCAGACAUACCACACCCCAACUUUUUCACAAUGGCGGACGAAGAUGUACAAGCUUUGGUGGUGGACAACGGGUCCGGGAUGUGCAAGGCCGGGUUUGCCGGUGACGACGCGCCCCGCGCCGUGUUCCCCUCCAUCGUGGGUCGCCCCAAGCACCCCGGAAUCAUGGUCGGCAUGGACCAAAAGGACGCCUACGUGGGCGACGAGGCCCAGUCCAAGCGGGGCGUCCUCACCCUUAAGUACCCCAUUGAGCACGGCAUCGUGACCAACUGGGACGACAUGGAGAAGAUCUGGCACCACACCUUCUACAACGAGCUCCGCGUCGCCCCCGAGGAGCACCCGGUCCUCCUGACCGAGGCGCCACUAAACCCCAAGGCGAACAAGGAGCGCAUGACCCAAAUCAUGUUCGAGACAUUCAACGUGCCGGCCAUGUACGUGAACAUCCAGGCCGUGCUCUCCCUGUACGCAUCGGGGCGGACCACGGGGUGCGUGCUCGACUCGGGCGACGGCGUGUCGCACACCGUGCCCAUCUACGAGGGGUACGCCCUGCCCCACGCCAUCAACAGGCUGGACCUCGCCGGCCGCGACCUGACGGACAACCUCAUGAAGGUAUUGACGGAGCGCGGUUACUCGUUCACCACGACGGCCGAACGUGAGAUCGUGCGCGACAUCAAGGAGAAGCUCACGUACGUGGCUCUCGACUUCGAUCAAGAGAUGAAGACCGCCGCAGAGUCGUCCCAGCUCGAGAAGUCGUACGAGCUCCCCGACGGGAACGUCAUCGUGAUCGGUAACGAGCGCUUCCGUUGCCCCGAGGUGCUCUUCCAGCCGUCGUUCAUCGGCAUGGAAUCCUCGGGUAUCCACGACUGCACCUUCAAGACCAUCAUGAAGUGCGACGUCGACAUCCGCAAGGACCUCUACGGCAACAUCGUGCUCUCGGGCGGAACCACCAUGUUCCCUGGCAUCGGCGAGCGCAUGACCAAGGAGCUCACCGCGCUGGCGCCGUCGACCAUGAAGAUCAAGGUCGUGGCACCCCCCGAGCGCAAGUACUCGGUGUGGAUCGGUGGCUCCAUCCUCGCAUCCCUGUCGACAUUCCAGCAGAUGUGGAUCUCCAAGGCGGAGUACGACGAGUCCGGGCCGUCGAUCGUGCACCGCAAGUGCUUUUAAGUGUUUUUACUUUCUUCACCGCUUUGGUGUGCAGGCGAAGAAGGAAGCGCGUGAGGCUGUUGGUAUGAAAGAGGGUUGGUGUCGUUUUGGCCGUGUUUUCUGUUUCGUCUCUUGUAAUUUGCCCGUUUAGGGUAUGUCGGGUGUGUGGGAGUGUUUUGACUGUUUGGCGGCAGGGGUUGAGAGGCGGGUGGAGAGGAGACCUGAUGAUGUCGAACGUGAGGGACCUUCGCUCCGUUGAUUACAAAAGGACGAAUCGGAUUUUCAAAGAUUCUGCGUCUACUGUGUGAACGCGGGGUCGUACAUGAUGUGCAGUGCAGUCGUGCCACAUUUCUUGUAGAAUGUCCUAGUUCAGCUCACGCUUGGAUGCUGACGUUUGGUCUGUUUUUCCAGUGGCAACAGGGAGCGGAGUACUCCGCGUCUCGGUGGGUUUUAUUCUUCUUCCCGCAGUUUUAUGCCUCUUUUUUUUGUUGAUUUCACAUCACUCCCUUUCGUUUCUCUCAUGGUCCAUCCGACCGACCCAAAUAGGAGUUUUUUGUCACCCGUUAGUUUGGUUGAAUUAGUCGCUCAGGCGAACUACGUGAGGUGUUGUUGAGGCUUGGGUGCUUCCGACAUCUUGUUAAGCAUGUUGUGGCUUUCGUGAGAAAUUAAAACAAAACGUGCGAGCUGUACUGGCUUGUUAAAUCGUAAAAAUCACACUUAAAUCAAUCGCUCUAAAGUUUCGCGCACGGGGGCGCGCGCGCUCACAACAAUAGAAAGCAUUCCCUGGGCACUCGACCCGGAGAUGUGACCCUGGAUUGAUGGAUGUGGCAUCAACGAAGGAGUCUUCAACGGGUGGGCAGGCAUGGUGUCCUCCCCUUCUCUACCG